ACCAUGGAGCGACUGUUGCUGUGUGUGAUGUUGGCAGUUGCCAUAGCAGUGCGGGCACAGGUCUGUCCGAAGCGCUGUGUAUGUCAGAUCCUGUCCCCCAACCUGGCAACCCUCUGUGCCAAGAAAGGUCUACUGUUUGUACCACCAAACAUUGAUAGGCAUACAGUGGAGCUACGGCUGGCUGACAACUUUGUCACAAGUGUGAAGAGAAAAGAUUUUGCAAACAUGACACGACUGGUGGACCUAACAUUAUCCAGAAACACCAUCUCCUUCAUCACACCUCAUGCCUUCACCGAUCUGGAGAACCUCAGAGCUCUACACCUCAACAGUAACCGGCUGACAAGGAUAGGCAAUGAUACAUUCAGCGGGAUGUCGAAGCUCCACCACCUGAUUCUGAACAACAACCAGCUGGUAAUGAUCCACCAGGGAGCAUUCAAUGACCUGCUGGCACUGGAAGAAUUGGACCUCAGUUACAACAACCUGGACUCAAUUCCUUGGGAGGCCAUCCAGAAAAUGAUCAGCCUCCAUACGUUGAGUUUAGACCACAACAUGUUGGACUUUAUUCCAGAGGGAACCUUUUCCCUGCUGCAGAAGCUCAACCGGCUGGACGUAACCUCCAAUAAACUCCAAAAGUUGCCGCCAGAUCCUCUUUUUCAACGAGCACAGGUUCUGGCCACAUCAGGGAUCAUGACCUCCUCAUCUUUUGCGCUGUCAUUUGGUGGAAACCCUCUCCACUGUAACUGUGAGUUACUCUGGCUGCGAAGGCUGUACAGAGAGGACGACUUGGAGACGUGCGCCUCGCCCCAACACCUCUCUGGCCGCUACUUCUGGUCCAUUCCCGAGGAGGAGUUCCUCUGUGAACCCCCGCUCAUCACCAGAUACUCCCAUGAGAUGAGGGUCCUCGAAGGCCAGAGGGUUGCACUCAGGUGCAAGGCAAGGGGUGACCCAGAGCCAGCCAUCCACUGGAUCUCUCCUGAGGGCAAACUGGUAUCGAACUCCUCCAGAACAUUGGUCUACACCAACGGUACUCUCGACAUCCUCAUCAGUACUGUGAAAGAUACCGGCUCCUUCACCUGUAUCUCCUCCAACCCUGCCGGUGAAGCCCACCAAACUAUAGACCUUGUUAUUAUUAAACUCCCGCAUAUCACCAACAACACCAACAACAUCCAGGAGCCUGACCCAGGAUCAUCAGACAUUUCCACGUCAACCCGUGGCGGGGCCAACGGAAACAACGUGACGGGCGAUGUGAAGGGUGGGGUGGAUAAGAGGGUGGUGACGGCUGAGGCUACAUCCUCGACGGCACUAAUCAAGUUCAACUUCCAGAGGACUAUUCCGGGCAUUCGCAUGUUCCAGAUACAGUACAACGGGAGCCAGGAUGACUCACUUGUGUACAGAAUGAUCCCCCCAUCAAGCAAGAACUUCCUGGUCAACAACCUAGCAGCAGGGACCCAGUACGACCUCUGCGUGCUGGCCAUCUACGACGAUGUCAUUACCUCGCUGACAGCAACCCGUGUGGUCGGCUGUGUGCAGUUCAGCACUGAGUCAGAGUACAUGAGGUGUCAUUUUAUGCAGUCUCAGUUCCUCGGCGGGACUAUGAUCAUCAUCAUUGGAGGGAUAAUAGUGGCCUCUGUGCUCGUGUUCAUCAUCAUCCUGAUGAUACGGUACAAGGUGUGUAACCCUGGUGAGGGUGGUAAAGGCGUUUCAAUGUCGAUGACCAACGUUCACUCACAGACCAAUGGGCAGCAGUCACAGGGAUGCACUGUGACUCCUAGCGCCUCUAAACACGGCUCAAUCGGAUUAGAAGACCACUCAGGUGGCUCAAAGAAGAGAGGCGGAGGAGCAGGAGGAGGGGGCAAGGAUUCGAUUACUCAGUCGUCCGAAUCUUCCCUGCCUGACUGCUCCACAACCACGUCGGUACUCAGUCAGCCUUGGUCAGCCAGAAGCCCGACAGGUGGAUCCGAGGAGAAAGCGGGUGAAGAAAGGGGGUCUUUGGCAGCGGAGAGAGCUCAAGCUGGCAUCUCAUCACCCACCGCCACCGGUACGCUGACCAAGCCAAAGCGCAAACCCACUCCGAAUAAGCCAGGCUCUGCUUGCUCCAACUCCUCGGCCACCCCAGAAAAUCUCGCCUCCUCCUCCCCUCGCCCUCCAACCUCCUCCUCUACCGCCUCUUCUGCUCUCCUCCCUUCUUCCAUCCCUCUGGAGAACCUCAACACCAACCGCAACAACUCCACCUCUCUCAACCAAACCCCCCCUCCUCCUUUCAGUCCUUCCUGUUUCUCCACCCCUUUUGCCACCCCGAGCCCUGUGCCCUCCAUCCAAUUCAGAGAGACGCCCAUCCUGCGCCGAGCUCCUCGCACCUCCUCCUCUUCCUCCGCCAAGUACCAGACUCUCCCAGUGGAGGAGGGAGGGAGGAGUAGGGCGAGGAGGAGGUAUUCCCUCAGUGAAGGAGGCUCAACAAAGACUCACUUGCCCCAUCAAGGAGGAGGCGGAGCACCCAAAUUAGGGCGCAUAAUGCGAAACAAGAGGAGCCAAUCAGUGAGUGGGAUGCUACUCCCCAAAGAGGAGGAUGGAGACACGGACAAAGGGCGGUGUGACUCUGAUUGGAUCUUAGAAAGCACGGUUUAA